AUGUCCAUGGCAGGAGACUGCAUGCUUUGGGCCGCGGCGGAAUUCCGAGAACAAACUCGAGCAACUGCCGUCGAACCUGUGGCACAGGUCGUGUCUCUCUUUCGCCGCAGUAUUGCGGCGAAUGGCUUUGAGCCAAUCAUCGACUUACACCAUGCCUUCUGCGGUUCGGAGAAUUCCGGAGGCACGGAGGCGCCAGCCACGAUGCUCCAGCCAUCCAUUCCAUGGAUUCGCUUGGAUUCCGUGGUGGACGAGGAUGUUGAUAUCCUGAAGAUACACACGAAUGGCGGAGAACGUCAAAUCCUCGACGGUGCGGAGAAGCUGUUCGUGCGACAUGAGGUUCGCGUGGUGAUCCUGCACUCAGCCGAAGCUCACCAGCUCUGGCCAUCGACCACAUUUUUAUUGCAUCGGAACUACGACGUCACCGUGGACGGGCGGAGGAUGUCUCAAUCCGGUGAAGACGAAGCUUGGCUCCGGACCCGUGUGGCGGAAGUCG